AUGACAAUGUCGGGCAUGCGCUGGGGCGACGAGGAGGACGAUCUGCUCCCGCAGCGCGUCGAGAGCGCACCGGAUUCCAACGGCGUGCGUCAGAUCGUCGAGUGGAAGCUCAACGAGGCCGGCGACAAGGUCAAAGUGACGAAAAAGGUCAAGAAAGUCACGGAGAUCGAGCGCGUCAGUAAACGCGCGCUGGAACGCAAAAAGUGGCGCAAAUUCGGUGACGCGCUGGACGACGGCGACAGCAGCAACGUGACGUACAUGUCGUACGAAGAGGUGACGCUGGAGGACCCGAACGCGGACCAGGUGCUGCCUGGGGAGAAGAAGGAGGAGGAGAACAUCUUUGCCGGCGUCAAGAACUCGUCCAUUGUCGUCUGUCGGCACUGUGGCAUGGUGGGCGACCACUGGACGCUCAAGUGUCCGUACAAAGACACGCCUAAAGAGGAGAUGGAGCAGGACAUGGCCAAGCGGGCAGAAGCCGGCGACUCAGCAGCUCCGGCUGGAGCUGGAGCUGCUGCUGACUCAGGUGGUCGUGGCUCGGCUCUCGACGGAGCAUUCGGCUCGAGCAAGUACGUGCCGCCUAGUCUGCGUGGCCGCAUUGGCGGUGCUAGCGGUGAUGUGCGGGACGAGAACGUGCGGGAUGACAGCGCGACGCUGCGGGUGACGAACGUGUCGCCGGAUACGCGGGAAGAUGAUUUGAAGGAGCUCUUUUGUGCGUUCGGGCCCGUGUCCCGUGUGUAUUUGGCCAAAGACCGCGAGACGUUCCAGUCGCGUGGCUUUGCCUUUGUCAGCUUUGUGUACCGCGAAGACGCGGAGAAAGCACUCAACAAGUUGCAGGGACACGGCUACGAUCACUUGAUCUUGAAGCUGGAGUGGGCCAAGCCGUCAAACAAACCGGCGAACGAGGAUGCUGGCAGUAUGGGCACAACGUUUCGAUCCGGGUAUGGCAAGGCUUUGCCGCAGAACAUGGCGCCGCCCCCGCGCAAGUAG